AAAACAUUGGGAACUUCUCGGAAUUUCUGCAUGAGAAUUAAUGAAGAUGGACGUUCUUGUGUGAAAUUCAUAAAACAUUUUAGAAAUUGGAAUUCGUCUCCAUAAUUUAAUAAAAUCGAUUAUUUCGAAAAAACGAGGAAUUCCGCUGCGGACAUACAAAACUAACAAAUGAAAAAUGUCGAAGCCAAAAAAUAAAAAACCAGGUAAAUCUAAUAAAUUUGAUCGGAGAAAUUUGGAUUUAUCUGAAUUACAAAAGCCUAUUAAAAUAAGUGUUUCGAGUUUGAAGGAAGCAGCAAAUCUUCUUGAUACGGGAACUCCAGAAAUAAAAGAUUUACUGAACCACGAAGUCAAUUUACUCUACGAAUGUCGAAUAUGUCGUAGUAUUUUUCGUAGUCUUUUAAACUUAAUAUCACACAAAAGAGCUUUCUGUCAAGACAAAUUCAACGGUUCUGGAAACAGGACACGAGAAUACGCGAAUUCGGUAACAACGACAGAAAAUUUAGAAUUAGAUCAAAUUAUUCUCGACGGUUUAGUGAAUCCGUCAAAAAAUGACAGAAUUCUUCGAAGUCAAGCUCCAGUUAAAGCAAAUAAAGCAGAUUUAACGAGUGUUGUUCACAUGCUUCAAAAGAAGCAAGUGGAAAAAUUAUGCGAUGUUCCCACUGAGACAUCGGAAUUGCAAACCGAUGAAACUGAUUGUCAUCAAGUUGUUCUUCAAGUUUUGGAUUCAAAACGAGCAGCAUACCAAACAUUGGUCCAGCCGAAUUUAUCUUCCGAUGAUCUUAUGGAAAAUCAGGUGAUUGAGCUUGAUAAUAUUUUAAGUCAAGAUAGUGCCGUUCUUCGAGCCGAUGGACAAAUUGAAAAAAGUGACAGUCCUGUACAAUUUUAUGGCGAGGAAGAUACCAACAGAUUGGUUUGCAAUAUUUGUUCUUUGACGUUCAUGACACAGCAAACAUUUGAUUCUCAUUUCCGAAUCAAACAUGCAGCAGUACGCGAUUGUUAUUUAUGUCCUUUUAAUUCCUGUACUGCAUCCUUUUCUAGUUCGAUGGGUGUUAAACGACAUUUAACGAAUGUUCACAAAAAAAUUGGUCAGGAGCUUAAAACUUUGAGUCAACAAAUAGAAAAACGAACUGUUCGCUCGAAACCACUUAACGUUGUUGUAAAUAAAAAAUCAAAGAAGUCAGACAAUUUUGAUGACAAUUCUUUGGAGACGCAGCAGUGGGUACAACGUAUAGACUCGACAGCAAUGCACGAGUGUAUUUCGUGUGGAGAAAAAUUCGACGGAAAAUCUGAACUCGUGAUUCAUUUAAAACAUUGUCUUAGUGCAAAUGUUGAUAGAAUGAAUAAUCUUCUCUAUGAAGGUGAUGCGGAAUGUGAAGAAAAUGUUAUAAAAGACUCGGAAAUUAAUGAAGUUCCUGUUCUUAAUUUAUCUAAUGAUUCCCUAACGGAGGAAACGCAUGACGUUCCUUCAGAAAUAGAAUGUUUGCCAAUUCAAGUUCAAGGAAUUGCGAGAAUCAGCGAAGAAGAGUGGAGCAAAAUUCCAAGUAGAUCGUCCGAGGAUGAAGAUAUUAUAGCAGAGACUCCACCGAAAUUUGAUAAUAAUCGAGGAAUAGUUUUCUGCCCAAGAAAAAAAAAUGGUCCAUUAAUUACAGAAAAUUUAGUUCUUCCGGUAGGAAAUUAUUUGACAUCUUUGGAUUACUCGAGAAAAAGAAAAUCAACUUUUACCGAUGUUAAUAGCACAGUCGUAGGUGAGAAAUUAAAUAAAAUAACUUGUCAAGAAUAUGAGACUGAUAAUAAUGUAAUAAAGAAAAAACCGAGUAGUUCACAGCAUUUUAGUGAGACAAUCGCAUCAAUUUCGGAUCACACAAAAUUGGAAUGCACCGCCUGUAGGCUAAGUUUUUCAAAUAUCACAAGUCUAAAUCGACAUAUGGAGAAUCAUAUAAAAAUCAAUCGUUUCCGAUGCAAGAAAUGCGAUUUUAAAUCGACUAGUCGAAAUGACUGUGUUGGACAUUGUAAUAGAGUGCAUAAUGCCAUGAAUAAUCGACAAGUACUUAAUGAAAUGAUUUCACAAGUAUCUCAAGAUCAAUUGACUCAAUCACAGGGAAUGAUAACUGUCGAUCCGUCCAAUUUGAAUUCCAAUGUCUCGAGACAAGUAAAUUCACAAUUUGGCAAUAACAAUUCUACCACAAAUUUAUUGCGUACUCGGAAUAAUGCAAUAAAAAAUUCGGAAUUAAGAAAUCCAUCGGAUACGGAUACAGAACCAGAAGAUAGAGAAGCGAUUAAUCGAAAAAUUGAUGCGAAUCCAAAUCUUCCUGAAUUGAUACAAGAAAUUGUCGUUGGAACAAAUACAACUUCACGUGCAUCAACAUCAAACGUGAAUGGUCAAUCACGUUUAACAAAUAAUAAUAUUGAACGUGUCCGCAAAGAACAAAUUUGCGAUUACAGUCCAAGUAAUUCAGAAUUCAUGAAUACUUUACACGACAGUGACAACAAUGAAUAUGAGAAAUUCGAUCCAUGGGAUCGUCAAAAUAAUUUGUCGCGCGCAUCAAACAGAAGUGAUUAUAGUAUGACCACGCGAAGUUGUUCGAGAUUGAGUAAAAAAAUUAAUUCCGAAACUGAUGAAGACGAUGAUAUAACUCCUGAAUUGUAUAAGCCAGAUUCGGAUAGUCAAAAAAAAUCGAAAUCAUAUCGUCGAUCUAAGUCACGAUCAUCGAUGCAUUCAAAUUCGGCAAGGGAAGUGAGAAGUGAGUCGCGAAUGAUGACGAGAAGUCGAUCGCGAUUAGGAAGUAAAAUUUCUUUGAACGAAGACAUUGACGAUUCAAUAUAUGAUCCAAGGUCUGAGACGCUCGAUGAAAAUAAAAUUGAACGACCAAAAUCGCGAGCGAAAAAAGAAGAAGUUAAGGAAAAACGAAGACGUGGUCGCCCUAAAAAAGGUGAGAGACGUUCAGCGCCUGGGAAAAUUGGUGAAUCGACAACAAGUAGACGUGAAUCGUUUAGCAGUGAAAGCUCACAAAUUCAACGACCAGUUAGAAGUCGCGUGAAACAUGUCGAAAAAGAUUUUAUUUACGAUCUCGAGGAUGAUAAUUUUAUAAAAUCACAAUCACAUUAUUCGAAAAAAAGUUUCGAACAAAAUGGAAUAUCAUCAAAUGAAGAAUUAACGAUUCUUCAAAAUGUUACCAAUCCUGAUUCGAGUGUUGAAUUAGAAAGUCAGGAAUUAUUUUUUCGUGGCUUUCCACGACAGCCGGAAAUUUUAAAUAUUGAUUAAAUAUUGAUUUAUAGAUUCAUAAUAUUUUUUUUUUAAAUUAUGAGAGAAGUUUUGGGAAAGUUUUUAAUUUUUAACAAUUUUUUUCUUCUGCUUCUCUAUUUCGAAUUUUUUUUCUCAUUAUUUUUUUUUGAGAUUAAUUAAUUGCUCAUUCAAUAGAUUUGAAAAGUAUAUAAUUACAACUUUUCAUUAAUUUGUCUUUUACAAGUAUUAAUAAUAUUUUCAACUUGUACAUAUUUUAAGACUAUUAUGUAAAUAUUUUUUCGAUAUAUAUAUAUAUAUAUAUAUAUUGAAAUUUUUAAUGAUUUAAAAAUUUCAAUAAACUUUACUCGUUAUUUUUAAUCACGGGUUUAUAUUUAGAUUAAAUUAUUGUUUAUAAUAAUGUAUAUGGUAAUUGACGGCAUUUAAAAUUUACCUGGAAGCUGACAAAAUGCCAUAACAUUUUGAGUUUUCAUUUCAUUUUUUUUUUGUUUUGCAAAAUUAUUUCGGAAAUUGUUUUUUUAACAGUUUUUUUUUCUCCUUUUUAUUUGAAGGUGAAUUUUAACAAAAAAAUUAAAUGCACAUCUAGAAAAUUAUAAGGUUUCUCAGGCUAAUAACAAUUUCUCGUCAAUAUACGUUUAUUACAAGAGUAAUUUAAAUUUUGUAAAAAAAAAAAUGCCGCUACAUUUUGUAAUAAAACUUGUAAGAAAUA